ACAGGGCGGGAACCCGCGGUGACAGGUCUUCACAGAGCCACCGGCGCGGGACACGGGCUGCCAGAGCCACUGAGGAAACAGCGGGGGACACGGGCUGUGAGAGACAUCCGGGGAACGACGGAGUAUUCGGGCUCCGACACUCACCAAGGACACCUGCGGGGGACACCGUUUGCCACAGCCACCGGGCCACAAGCGGGGGACAAGGCUUCAAGGUUUGCCAGAGCCACUGGGCCGCCAGCGGGAUCAUGGCUGCCAUCGAGGAACGCACCUUCAUUGCCAUCAAGCCUGAUGGGGUCCAGAGGGGGCUGGUGGGGGAGGUCAUAAAACGCUUUGAGAAGAAAGGAUUCAAACUGGUAGCCAUGAAAUUAAUACAUGCCUCUGAGGACCUUCUGAGGGAACACUACAUCGACCUCAAGGACCGGCCAUUCUACGAUGGCCUGGUGCAGUACAUGCACUCAGGACCUAUUGUAGCCAUGGUGUGGGAAGGUCUUAAUGUGAUUAAGACUGGAAGAAUGAUGCUGGGGGAAACCAAUCCGUUCGAUUCCAAGCCUGGCACUAUUCGUGGGGACUUCUGUGUCCAAGUUGGAAAGAACAUCAUUCAUGGCAGUGAUUCUGUGGAAAGUGCUGACACAGAGAUCAAUUUAUGGUUCACUCCUGAAGAACUUGUUGUUUACAGAAGCUGUGCUCAUGAGUGGAUCUAUGAUUAACACCUAGCCUGGAUCUUCUGAUAUUCCCAUGUCCAUGAACAGCUGCCAGUCUCUAGCUAUUCCAAGGAAUUCCCUGGUAGAAACCUCAGAAAACAGUGAAAUUGCUCUUUUGUGGAUGUUAGAGUUGGUGCUUGCUGCUCCUUUGAUUUAAAAGUUGUCAAGUUAUAGAUGGAAUUGCACAUGUUAAAAGCUGCUUCUGGGAUUGAGAGAUAUGAGAUGAAAACACAAAAUAGAUAACAUAUAUUUUUUCUGAAGCAUUUUAGAGUCAUAGAGAGUAUUUUGGUAAACAUUAAAAAAAUAGGUAAAAUUUAUUUGGUAAAUAAAUAUGCAAAUGGCUCAGAGUCAGACGUUAACUUUGCUAAAACAUUAGAGGACAACUGAUUGUGUGUAAAUGCAUUGACGGUAUGCCCAAAUGUUGAGGAUUUACUUAAUAUUAAGUGUGUCCCCAUUCCUAAAAUGGCCACAGAAAAAAAGCCCAUUUCUCUCCCCAGAACAUGCUGUGCCCAUAAAGAGCUCAACUCUGGCUAAAAUGACAACUGGCCUCCACACUGACACUGUUUCAACUCACUUCUUUUUCCUUCCACAUGGGAUUUAUGUAGUAUUUUAAGGACCGAUUAACCAGACAGGCUUGAUGAAAUGUCCUUUUAUGUGAAAAGAAGAUUAAUGUGAGGAUGGAUGAGGGAGAUUCUGCCUUUAGCCACUUCAGUGCAGCAGCUCUCUGACCUACCACAGAGCAAUAAAUGGUGUUUGCUUUGCCAGUUGAACAGCUGGUAAUUUAGCUGUGUUCUCAUUAGUGUAGUUUCCUCUGUAACUCUGUAGUCCUCUGUUCCCAUUACUGUAGUUUCCAGAAGCUGGAACUACAAAGCAAAUGGUCCUUGGAUAAGUUGUUUUAGACGUGACUUUAUCACUAUCAUUUUGUAUUUAUUUAAUGAUGUAAAGAAGUAGAGUCAUAAUAAUGCAGAAGGUGUUUCAGUUUCAACAGCAAAAGUUGUACUGGAUGAGGAAGUUGGGAUUGAUAUUAUGUAUUUAUUUCCCUGCAACAUUUUAUUCACUAAGAGCAAGAGUUUCAUGGAAUCACUUGCUCAAGCUCCACGAUUUUUUCCCCCACAGUGAGUUCUUGUAUCUGAAUACUGAACUAUGCAGUGAAUGUUGAAUUGAAGGGUUAUGAUACCUUACGAUGAUACUGAGCUCCUAAAAAGAGAUGGCACAAAAUAAAACAAUAUUUGCUGUUUCCAAGUGAAAUAAAAUGAAAUUUUAAAUAUUUUGUCUUAUAUUUAAUUAAUGAGUAUAAGGAGGUGGAACAAAUUCUCUAACUAUGAAGCUGUAGGUGAGGCUGAGAGCCUCUCUUCUGAAAAUAUUCAGUGUUAUAGAAGAUAAAUCAUUAGGUUAAAAGAAGUUGGAGGAAAGGGAAUAUGUGACAAACCUAAGCCUGAAAUGAGUGGUCUCCAGUUUAAUCUUUGCUUGAAAGGUUACUUGAGACCUCUCAAUUCUACAAAAUAGAGAAAUGUGGUUUGUCUGGAGGUGUUUGGGUUGUCAGGAAGCUGCUGUGUUUCUAAUGUGAUGUGACUGGGAAGAGGUGGAGGCCAGCAAUCCUGCAUGGUUGAGGUGUCUGAGCAGGUCCAGUGUAAAACCACUAACUGACCCCUCAAUAAGAGACAGUGCAAGGACUACAGAGGUUAUUUCAUUGAUAUCCCAGCUGCAGUGAUGGUGCGUGAUUAUAACUUGCUCAGGCAAAGGUGCUCUAUUGACUAGGAAAGGGCCAAGUAGUAAACAUCAUAAAAAAUAACAACACACUUCCUGCUUCAUGUUGCGACACGGGUUCAAGGACUGUGAGGUUUUGACACUUGGCGGCUUCAUUCUUCCCAAUAAAAUUAUCAAUAA